UUCCUGAUUGGCUCUGUUCCGGAGGCGGUGGUUUGGGAGGACCAAAAAUUUCUGUGAGCUGGACACGUGGUUCUGAUCUGUGAGGAGUUUGGGGGUUCUAGAGCCCAAAAGACUUGAGGAGUUUGCAGGACCAAGAGGAAUCCUUAAGGAUGAAGCUGACUCUUACCAAGAUAGUUAAUGGUUGUCGUCUCGGGAAAAUACAAAACCUGGGCAAAACAGGAGAGCAUGCCAUGGACAUUCCAGCCUGCCUUCUGUACACCAAGACAGGCUCUGCCCCACACCUGACCCAGCACACUCUGCAUAAUAUCCAUGGGGUUCCUGCCAUGGCUCAGCUUAUGCUCUCAUCCCUAGCAGAACAUCAUGAAGUCUUGGCAGAAUAUAAGAAAGGAGUUGGAAACUUUAUAGGCAUGCCAGAGUCACUCGUAUACUGCUCCCUGCAUGAUCCAGUCAGCCCCUGCCCAUCUGGUUAUGUAACAAAUAAGUCCGUGUCCGUGUGGGGUGGUGGAGGAAGAGUAGAAAUGACCGUUUCCAAGUUCAUGGCAAUUCAGCAGGCCCUGCAGCCAGACUGGUUCCAGUGCCUCUCAGAUGGAGAGGCAUCUUGUGAGGGAGGAACUUCCGUAAAAAGAGCAAGAAAGUCUGUAGACCGAUCACUUUUGUUUUUGGACAGCUGUCUGCGGCUACAAGAAGAAUCCGAGAUCCUUCAGAAAAGCACGAUCAUUGGGGUAAUUGAAGGUGGAGAUGUGACGGAGGAGCGGCUCAGGUCGGCACGAGAGACAGCCAAGCGGCCUGUUGGCGGCUUCCUUCUGGAUGGCUUUCAAGGGAAUCCAACAACCCUGGAGACCAGACUGCAGUUGCUGUCAUUAGUCACUGCAGAGCUGCCCGAGGACAAACCGAGGCUCAUUUGUGGUGUUAGCCGGCCAGAUGAAGUGCUCGAGUGUAUUGAAAGAGGAGUGGACCUAUUUGAGAGUUUUUUUCCUUAUCUAGUGACAGAGCGGGGAUGUGCCCUGACAUUCAGCUUUGAUUACCAGCCCAAUCCUGAGGAGACAUUAUUACAACAAAAUGGGAUACAAGAAGAAAUAAAAUAUGAAGAUCAAGUAAAGAAAAUUAAAACAACUGGUUGCAGCCAAAAAAUGACAUCAUUUGAAAUUAAUCUGAAGGAAAAAAAGUACCGGGAGGACUUUAGCCCCUUGGUGAAAGAGUGUUCCUGUUACUGCUGUAAGAAUCACACUCGUGCAUACAUCCACCAUCUGCUGGUGACCAAUGAGCUGCUGGCCAGGGUACUGCUUAUGAUGCACAACUUUGAACACUACUUUGGAUUUUUUCACUCCAUCCGGGAAGCACUAAAAUGUGACAGACUGGCACAGUUGAAAGAGCUCAUUCAUAGGCAAGCAUCUGGAGAACUGGCAAAUACAAAUCUGACUCUGCAUUGAGCUUGUACCAUGGUUAUAACACGGGAAGAAGUGAAGAAGAAAUGAUCUUAGCUUUAUUUUUUUGUUUUGUUCUCUGGGUUUUUGUUGUUGUUGUUUUAUUUUGUUUUG